AUGUCUGCCGACGCUACCCCUGCUGCCACCCCCGCCGCCGCGGCCCCUUCGUCGCCCACCCCCGCGGCGGCGUCCCCUGCCCCUGCCACCCCCGCCGCCGAGGGUGCCGCUAAGCCUGCUCAGCCUGCCCCUACCUCUACCACUGGCCAGCAGCAGCCCGGCAACAGCGCCUCGCUCUACGUCGGCGAGCUCGACCCUUCGGUCACCGAGGCCAUGCUCUUCGAGAUCUUCAACAUGGUCGGCCCCGUCGCCUCCAUCCGUGUCUGCCGUGACGCCGUGACCCGCCGCUCGCUCGGUUACGCCUACGUCAACUACCUCAACGCGGCGGACGGCGAGCGCGCCCUUGAGCACCUCAACUACUCCCUGAUCAAGAACCGUCCCUGCCGCAUCAUGUGGUCGCAGCGCGACCCCGCUCUCCGCAAGACCGGCCAGGGCAACAUCUUCAUCAAGAACCUUGACGACAAGAUCGACAACAAGGCUCUCCACGACACCUUUGCCGCCUUCGGCAACAUCCUCUCGUGCAAGGUUGCCACUGACGAGAACGGCAACUCGCGCGGUUUCGCCUUCGUCCACUACGAGACUGGUGAGGCUGCUGACGCCGCCAUCAAGUCGGUCAACGGCAUGCUCCUGAACGACAAGAAGGUCUACGUCGGCCACCACAUCUCGAAGAAGGAGCGCCAGUCCAAGGUCGAGGAGCAGCGCGCCAAGUUCACCAACAUCUUCAUCAAGAACCUCGAGCCCGAGUUCACCCAGAAGGACCUUGAGGACAUGUUCAAGCCCUUCGGCGAGAUUGUUUCUGCUGCUCUUUCGGUGGGUGAGGAUGGCCUCUCUAAGGGCUUCGCCUUCGUCAACUACACCACCCACGACGCGGCCAAGAAGGCUGUCGACGAGCUCAACGACAAGGAGAUCAACGGCAAGAAGCUCUACGUCGGCCGUGCCCAGAAGCGUGCCGAGCGUGACGAGGAGCUCCGCCGCAUGCACGAGGAGCGCCGCCUCGAGAACGAGUCCAAGACUGCCGGUGUCAACCUCUACGUCAAGAACAUUGACGACGAGUGGGAUGACGACCGUCUCCGUUCCGAGUUUGACUUUGCCGGUACCAUCACCUCGGCCAAGGUCAUGCGCGACGACAAGGGUGCUUCGCGUGGCUUCGGCUUCGUCUGCUUCUCGCAGCCCGACGAGGCCACCCGUGCCGUCCAGGAGAUGAACGGCAAGAUGAUCGGCACCAAGCCUCUGUACGUUUCGCUUGCCCAGAAGAAGGAGGUCCGUCGCCAGGCCCUCGAGUCGCAGAUGCAGCAGCGCAACGCCCAGCGUCUCCAGUACGCCGCUGCUAACGGACUCGGUGGACCCCAGGGCUACAUGCAGGCCCCCAUGUACUACCCUCCCAUGGGCCCCUACGGUGGCCCCAUGAUGCCCGUCCGUGGCGGUGUCGUCGGCUACCCCGGCGCUCCCCCCAUGAUGGGUGCCCGCCCCGGCCGCUACCCUCCCUCUGGCCAGCCCGGUGCCCCCGUCCCCAUGGGCUACAUGCCUCCCGGAGGUGCCGGCGGCAACUACCCCGGCAUGCCCAACUACCCCGUCCGCCCCGCUGGCAACGCCCGUCCCCCUACCGCUGCCCGCCCCAACGGCUCGCCCUCUGGUGCCCAGCAGGGUCUCCCCCGUGGCCAGGUCCCCGCCCGUCCCCAGGGUGACGGUGCCCAGGCCGCCGCCGGCCAGCCCCGCCUCACUGCCCAGGCUCUCGCUCGCGCUUCGCCUGGCGAGCAGAGGCAGAUGCUCGGUGAGGCCAUCUACCCCCUGAUCCACGAGUCCCAGCCCGAGCUCGCCGGCAAGAUCACCGGCAUGCUCCUCGAGAUGGACAACGCCGAGCUCCUCCACCUCGUCGAGUCCCCCGCCGCUCUGACCGAGAAGGUCGACGAGGCCCUCCGCGUCCUCGAGGACUGGGGCAAGAACGACGAGGAGAAGCCCGCCGCUGCCGAGGGUGAGAAGAAGGACGAGGCUGCUGCCGCUGAGAAGCCCGCCGCCGAGGAGGAGAAGAAGGACGAGGCCGCCGCCGAGAAGAAGGAGUAA